AUGUCAGACCAAUCGUACGACAACAUUCCCCGCGCUGCAUCAUCAUCAUCAUCAUCCUCGGACGAUUUGGACUCCCUCCCCUCCACCUCGGCCAGCACAACCUCCAUGUCGCCCUCGGAAGAAGAAUGGCAAUCCGAUGCCGAAAGAGAAUGGAAAGAGUCAUUGCAACAGCUGGAGUUGUUGCUCACAAUGGUGCUGGUCCCCUACUUGGGCAAGUACUUUGGCCGCAAAGCUGCCUAUUGGGGGUGGACGAAAUACAUGGAGUGGAAGUACCCUGUGCAUAUCGAAAUCACGAAUCCUGGUCUCUUCAAGGGCAUCGGUGCCGUCGAAGCUGCUGCCUCGUUGUGA